AUGCAUUUCAUCUACGCUAUUACCGCGCUUUCCGCCAUCUUCGGCCUUUGCCUCGCGAUGCCACAUAGAGACGAGCCCGACCUUAACACCUUCUCCGACAGCGGCAAUAAUUGGUGCCUCCGCGGCUACUACUCUGACAACAACAUCGGUUGCACCGAUCACCCCUCCGCCGACUGGACACCCCCGUACUACACUCAAUCCUCCGCCGACUACUGUGCCUGCCACGGUAUCGACGCCGACGCACUCGGGCGCUAA